GAUGCGGGACAUUGCCGAACACGGUAAAGGAGAUUUCGCAAUCUGCUCCUCUCCAUGUUUCAAACAAAAACAGUGUGAAGAGAGACGGAAUUAGCCUCCAACUUUUAUCCUGUGCUCCCCCGUUUCCACGGAUGGUUGACUACACGGCUGAACACUGAAGGUUGUCCCAUCCGGACCCGUCCCCUCCGUCCUCUCUGUCCUCCGUCUCCGUUUCAUCUCUAAACCUGAGGAGACUCCGGUCAGAGAUCAGCUCCUGAAGGCAUCACAUCCAAAUGAGCCGGCCGUCGCAGGCGAAACUCACCACAGCUGACCACAACGGCGUGAGCGUCAUCCAGAGCCAGGCCCACGCCGCCCCGUCCUCCUCGUCCCUGCAGGCGGCCGUCGCCGGUCUGCAGCAGGUACCACAGCUCAUCCCCGCCGACCCCAGCUCCGCCGGCGGCAAGGCCCUCCCCCCCAGCAAGAUGAAGAAGCCCCCUGCGGACAAGGACAGCGAGGAGUACCGGCAGCGGCGCGAGCGCAACAACCUGGCGGUGAAGAAGAGCCGCAUGCGCAGCAAGCAGAAGGCCAUGGACACGCAGCAGCGCGUCAACGAGCUGAAGGAGGAGAACGAGCGGCUGGAGGCCAAGAUCAAGCUGCUCAGCAAAGAGCUGAGCGUGCUCAAAGACCUCUUCCUGGAGCACGCUCACAACCUGGCCGACAACGUGCAGCCGCCCGCCGGCGCAGAGGGAUCCAGCCCCGCCCCCAACAGCAGCUCCACCAAUGGGCAGUGAGGGGGCGGAGCCAGAAAGACUCGGUCAUCUUCAUCGUUUGUGUGUCCCCCCCCCCCCCCACUGGAAAAUUCUGAGAAUUUAUGUGACUUUUAAAUGAAAUUGAGACAUUUAAGGUGAAGCCAGCUGGUUGGACAGAAACUCUUCUGUUGUCGAGCCUCUGAUUGGUCGGCUCGUUUUAAACCAGGAAGCUGAUGUUUUGUUUUUUUUCUUAUUCUAGUUUUUAACGGCUUCGUCCUCUACCUGUUGUCCUGUCCGCACGUCUCUUCUCAACUUAAACAUAUAACCAGCGCUGAUGACUCUCUCUGAGGAGUAUAAACACUUUCCUUUGUCCUCAGAGAUGCGCCUGUCCUCUACAGCCCAGCUCGUCCUCAGAGACACAACCGAGGCGGUGAGCAGGGUGAAGCCCUCCGCCUCCAGACGGCCGUGUUGGGAGGGUCCAGACGCCUCAGACUCAGCGAGCUGUGGCUUUAAUGAAAAUCUGGUUUAACACGGGCAGGGUCGUCUAAACAGAUCGAGACAGGCCCCCACCGCCACAGAGAGGGUGGGGCCGCACUAUAAUUACCUGGGCUUUGUGCAGGUGUGGACUGUCUGAUUUUGGUUCCACCCACAGGUGUGGUGUCUGGAUCCUGCUGCUCCUGAACCACAAGCUAAAUUUUCCCACAGCGUUCCCAGAGCUGCUGUGACUUCCAGAUGUUUCUAUGAAUCCCAAGUUUUCUGUUCUAAUUUUUUUUUUUUUUUUAAGUUUUAAAAGCAGAUUUUGCUACAAACUUCUUGUGAUUCUGCCCCUGAAAAAAACAACUGUACCAGAAUGCACCAUGAUGAUAAGGCUCCACCUGCUGAAGCUCCAACAUGUGCUCAGAUUCACAUGAAGGUCCCCGUCACACAGGGACUCUGCAGGAUCCUGCCUGAGCUGCUGACUCACAAACAGAAACCAUCUUUAAAGUUUUAUCCACAAUAUAAAAUGGAGCCUGCUGGAUUUCUCAGACUUCAGGUCCUCAAGAAACACCAGGACCCCACCAUGAGGGAAAACUGGUCCAGCGGUGGUUUCUGACUUGGAGGCGGAAGGAUCCUUCAGCCGGAUGAGACUGGAUUUCUCACUUGGAUUUUAUUUGUGUUUUUAUAAAUUUAUCUCAUUAAUUCUGGAAAAAUAGCUUUUUUUUCUCCAAAGUGGAUAAAAAUCUAAGUUUUAAUGUUUGUGUGAAAAGUUCUAAAAAUCCAAGUUCUUCAUGGAAAACUGAAAGUUCUGGACUCCAGGAUCUGGAAUUGUGUUUCUGGUUUAGGUCUCUGCUGCUGGUUUGAAGCCAGACAUUGUCGGAAUGUUGUGGGAAUGCUGUGGGAACACUGGGAACACUGUGGGAAUGCUGUGGGAACAGCCUGCAUCUUUUAUAUGUUGGGUUUUGUACUCUUUUAUUCCAGCAGCAUGUUUGCAUGUAAAAGAAAAUCCUGGGGGGUCAGAGAAAAUCCAGUGUUCUGGUUCGGAAGCAGCUCUCGUGUUCGGGAUGUCUUGUGUUGGUCUGAAUGUUGCUGGGCAGCAUUUCUGUCGCUCAGCUGUUUUAUAUCACGUAUGUUGUAAAUUAAAUCUGAGUAUAAAAGUU